AUGUCGUUUUGGGACAACAACAAGGACUCCAUCAAAGCCGGCAGUCUGGCCGCUCUUAAAGGUGCAGGCCGUGCAACGGUAACAGUGUCAAAGUAUGGCUACCAUGCUGGCAAAACGGCCUACAAAAACAAUAAAAACAAGAGCUCUGGACAAACCGGAAAACAAGAAGAAGAACCUCAAAGUCCUCCUGCUAUCCCACAGACCAGAGAUCCGCAUACUUUUGCGCCUCCGCCAAAGCAUGUUGCCAUUACUGGUCAGCCACAGCCUAACCACCCGCAACAAUAUGCCCAGGUUCCCGUCCAAGCCGUGAACUACCAACAGACCCAGGUGGCACAGAACCCUGCUCAAUUCCAGCAGGCGGUUCCACAACAGCAGACCGCCUACGUGCCUGUCACACAGUCCGUUCCACUUACCCAACAAUAUGCCCCUCAGCAGCAAUAUCAACCCGCUGUGCAAUACCAGCCAGCUGUGCAGUAUCAACCAGCUGUGCAGUAUCAACCCCAGACGCAGGCCUGGCCUAACCAGCCACAGCCCUUUGUCCAGCCAACCCAGCCAGCGAUGAUGCAGCAGCUAACACCGCCAGCAACGGCCCAAGAACCUAUCCAGGCUCUUCCUCAGCAGCCGACCCAGUACAGCGCACCGCAGCCGAUGGCUCAACCGCCUCCUCUGUCACAGCGCCCCGUUCCCCAGCCCACUCCCCAACCCGAGCAGACAGCAUCACCACUUUCAGCUCCACUGCCCGCAGGUGAGUAUACUAGACCUGCCAUAAUGACUCCUCCUCAGAACCCUCCUCAGAACCCUCCUCCAUAUACUGCUACGCCGACAGCCCCGGCGCCACCUGCUACCGUUUCUGUUGAGAGCCAACCUUCUGGCUCGCCAGUAGUAACGCCAGCCCCAACUCAGGUGUAUCUUCCAGAGGCGCAAGAACCAGCUGCGCCAAAGAAGAAGAACGCUCUGCCGCCUGUCGAGGAACCAAAGUUCAAGCAUUCGUUGAUGGAUUUCGACCUAUCCAAAUUUGGUCCUCCUCCUCCCAAAGCACACAGGACUGAAGAUGAGCAGCGUAAGAUCGAAAAGGAGCGCGAAAUGAGGAUAAGGAUGCAGAAACUGAAAGAAGAGUCGCAGCAGCGAGCAAAGAUAAGUGCAUACCAAAAUGUACCGGCUAUUGCAUCACCGUCCUCUUCAUCGUCAAUCGUAUCUCCUUCAAGCACAGGCACCAAGCCAGAGCUUCCUUCAAGAGUCAACUCGGAGUCUACAGAGCAGCCCAAGAAGUUUGAGCUCCCUGACAUCUCGAAAAUACAGCCUCCCCCUCCUGUUCCCAAAAAGGAGAGCCAUGAAAAUACCGUCAAACCUCCACCCACACCAUCCACAUCGCGCCCAAAUCUGGCUUCCAGAACGGUGCCUACACCUCCUCCAACUCUUUCUCGUCCGGAAUCUGGUUCGUCAGCCCCGCCUCCUCCAUCUAAACCAACACAUCUAUCUGCAAAGCCCAAGCCGCCAGUUCCCAAAAAACUGUCAAACUCAGAGGUGGCUGAAGCUAUCGGCUCCAAACAGAAGCCACCAGUUCCUGCAAAGAAGCCUUCUGUGGGUUCAGUGUCCUCCCCUUCCAGCCAUAUACAGGAAUUGCAGUCAAAGUUGAGUGGUAUGCAUUUCAAUAACUGACGAGUCACUUUUCUACAUAUAUUCAUUUUGGUUCGUCCCAGCCACUUUCUGCGAGUGAGUAUGGAGUGUUCGGUAGACGAUCACACCAGCCAUCUCCAGAGCUCUAUAAAUUGGCGCCCUUCAGACCACAUGGUAGCAACUAUGGAUAAAUCAGAACUUGAAUACCAACCCAAAAAAAUCAGGGCUUACGCAGUCAGAAUUCUAAAGGAGCUCACCAAAAAGAAAACCCGGCCUAUGCUCAUGUGCUUCCGCAACUGGGAGAUGAGAGUGGGGCUCGGUGGGCCCGACAAUGAAGAUGAGUCUGAUGACCAAACCCGCGUCCUAGUUUUCAACGAUAAGUACAUUUCUUUCUUGAUUCCGUGGAUGAUGUCGUUCUGCUGGUACGUGGAUGAAAUCAUGGAGGAACUUGCCGAUCUCAGAGACCUCAACACUGUCUGCAAUGGAAAACUCACUCUUGGUCCUGUUUUCACGGUUGAGGAGCUUGUCAAGAUCGAUAUGAUUUUCAGACUCUUCACCACCGUCGUUCCUAAACAAUAUUUGGAGUCGAAAUCGCAUCACUCCAAAGUGACCGAGACUAAUAGAGUGGAGGGUGCCAAAUCGACCGCUGCUUUGAAACCAGCUAUAGAAGCUCCAAAGCCCGUUGAAAUUACCGAGUGUGUUGAAGCUCCAGAAUGUAUUGAAAAUCCAGAGCCUACUAAAGUUGACAAAUCUGCCGUCUCCAAGUCUAAGUGCCAUGCCCAGCCUGCUUCUUUCAGGAUACUUGACGCAUCGAACUCGGUGAACCCCGCCAAACCUUCUAUGUCGUCCAAUCCCUCUGCUCCACCUUUACCAAAAGACAUCCCCGAAUCACCGAGCUUCGACUAUGAGCCUUCUAAUGCGGUCGCUCAAAAGCCAGUUCAACCAGCAGGCAACUCUGUGGUUAUACAGAAGCCGUUGUUUGAUGACCUUGUCAACAAAAUACAGGGUCUUCAAUUGUCCAUUGAGAUUAUGCAGAAUAUGUAGCUAUCAAUAUUAAUGUUCCUUCCUCCAACGCUCGAUCAUACUUUCUGCCCACCUAGUAUACAGCAGCUCUUCAACUUCGUCGCGAGGACGUUCUUUUUCGAGAUUUUUGGGUAUUAGUUUGUCCUUCAGCUGUUCGUUAUCUGUCGUCAUUAUUUUCUUCAUCACCAGCUUGAAAUAUUUACAAAACACUUCUCGGUACUGUUGAUCCGGGCUGAGCGCGAUUGACUCCAUCAUGGUCUUUUGAAAAAGAACUAGCUGGUCGUACUGCGAGGUCGAGAGGUUAUGUUUUUCGUUUAUCUUGUUGAACGACUGAUUCAGUAUGCGAUUAAGAGUCUUUUUCAGCUCCUGGUCCCCAUUCUCAUCGGAGGUGCGUUUCAUCGGCGACAAUGGAACCUUUCGGGAUGGCGCCGGCUUCAAGGUACUUGAAGGUUCCUCUUUCAACGUGAUAUCGAAUAGAGGAGGUGUCUGUUCCUCCAGAGUAGGUGUAUAGUAGCGUUUCUCGGUGUUGCCUGUUUCAAGAUCCCAUUCGUGCUUGCGCUUGAUCAGCUUAACUAUCUCCGAGCGAUCGACCUUGGCGCCAGCAAGCACAAACGGAUGUUUAAGGAGUUCUUUGGCCGACGGCCUCUGCUUUGACUCUUUAUUCAGGCAAACUUUCACAAAAUCCCUGAACUCCUUACUGAAACUCGAGUCCAGCUCGGGAGCAGGGUCCUCGGCGAUUCUAAAGAGCACGUCGAACGGAUGGUACUGAGAAAGAGGAGGCUUGCCGUAUGCUAGUUCAAUUGCUGUAAUACCCAGUGACCAAAUAUCUGCAGAAUAUGUGUAUGGCUGGUGAAGAAUAAUUUCAGGGGCCAUCCAGUAGGGCGUCCCGACAAAAGUGUUUCUUUUGGACAUGUUGUUGGACAACUGGGUGGCGACUCCAAAAUCUGCAAUUUUCACGUCCCCUUCAAAGCUCAAUAACACGUUGGCAGCCUUGAAGUCCCGGUGGAUCUUGCCAUUUUCGUGUAAAUACACAAGAGCAUGUAGCAGCUCAUGCAAGAUGUAGCUAAUAGCCUUCUCUCCAAAUGGCCCGGAAACGAGCAACUCUGAGCAGGAUCCACCACCCAAAAACUCCAUAAUAAUCCACAGCUUGUAUCCUUUAAGGAAACAGCCGUAGUAUCGAGUGAUGUUCGCAUGCUGGCACGUAGACAGAAUCUUGAUUUCCUGCUGGAUCUCGUUCAGUUCAUCUGCACUUUCCAAAUCCACCUGCUUGACAGCCACCAUUUUCCUGGAGUCUUUGUCAAAAGCACGGUAAACCACGCCGAACGCUCCGCGGCCCAAUUCCUCGUACACCUCAAACUGCUCGGGAGACAUAAAAAAAAAUUAAUCAGAUUAAUUUAUCAAAUUAUUUUAUCAUGUUCUCUAGAGUGCUGGGGCCACGAGGAAUUCGCUGGUUUGGUAGCUUCCGACCUCUUCGCAACAUUGACAGCUUUGUUUUGCAGCGGUCUUUGG